AUGAUCUUUUUUUGUCUCUUAGAAUUCUAUAUCAUAUUUAAGGUUUUUUCUGUACUCGGUACAAUAACUGCUAUAUCUGGAACUGCAGUUCCUGAUCGUACGCAAGAAGCUCAACGUGGUGCACAAAUUGGUCAAUCUAUUACAUCAGUUCUUUUGUACGGACUUGGAUUAUGGGUCGCUUAUCGAUAUAAUGAAACAGUAAAUUUAGAAUCUUUAACAAUUGUUAUCAAAUUAGAUUUAAUUGAUGGUAAACAAUGGGAAGAAUUUAUUCGAAAAACAAAAAUUAUUAAAUUCAAUUUUCAAUUUAUACUAUCCGAAAAAAUUAAUUUUAGCCAAAAUAAAGCCAUAUUACUUGAUUCAUUUCGAUUAGCAUUUUGGCUUAAAGAGAAACAUUGGUGUAUUAAUUAUACCAAAGACCGUUAUCCACCUUUAUCAACAGUACCAUCCAACGAUGAACAGCGAAUAUUUUAUUCGAGAUAUAUUGAACAUUUAUUCUUGGAUUUUAAUAAACCAAUUGAUGAUCUACCAAAUUAUCGUUUUAUUCAUGUAAAUUCACUUUAUCUUAGUGGUUUAACAUUACCAUCAAUAGAUAAUAUUAUGUCUAUUGUUGAUCUUAAUCAAAUAAAAGAACUUAAUAUGUCACAUAUUAAGAAUAUAUCAAUUGGUGAAAUUCAUUUAUUACUUGAACAUAUUCCUAAUCUAAAUCAUUUGAUAUUUAAAAAUUUCAUACCAUUAUUUAAACCACCUUCACACAUUUAUUCAUUUACAAUUGAAGAAUGA